AUGGCUGAUGCACUUCGCAACAUGAGUCCGAGGUAUAAAGUUUCAACUAUGCAUAGUAUUUGUGGGUAUUUUUUAAAUAAAUGGGUUGAAGACGUGAGAAAAUUGAUAGAGGAAUAUGAUAUGUUGUAUAAGAUUUUUAGAGAGGUGGUUUUAUUUGUUGGACCUGAAAAUGUUGUUCACAUAGUUACAGAUAAUGCGGAAAAUUAUGUUGCUGCUGGAAAAUUAUUAGAAAAUGAGUUUCCUACAUUACUUUGGUCUUCUUGUGCAACACAUUGCAUUAACUUGAUGUUGAAAGACAUGAGAGAAUUAGAGGAAGUAAGUGAAUCAGUGUCACAUGCUUCUAACAUUACCAAAUAUAUUUAUAACCAUUGUUAUGCAUUGUAUUUAGUGAAAAAGCAAACAGAUGAGAUGAGAAUAUUCAAAGACGGCAAAUUAGAUUUUGGAAGGAAAUCAGCUAUGGAUGAACGAUGUAUAAUAACGGCCGUGUUAAAAACUUUUGAUUUUUAUACUGUUGUGUAG